AUGCAGGUGGCAUCUAUUGCCGUUUUGGUUUUCCUCAUGAACUUUCUGAACACAACUUUUUUUGAUGGCAAGAAUAGAACAGUAUAUAAGUGUCAUAUAAGAGAUGCUUACAUCAAUAAUUAUAACCCAUAUUUACUGAAGAUGACAAAAUUUGCCAUGGAUAUUCAAGUAAAUAGCGGCAAAGACGUUUUAUAUUAUUUAGCAAAGUAUCUGUCAAAAGUCGAUUCUGGAGUUAAUUUACAAUUUAAUAUGGAAAACAUGCAUGAUCAUAUGAAAGAUAGAAUCGUAAGUGUCGUUGAUGCAGCGUAUUUUUUAUGUGACUGGAAUAAACAUCGCUGUAGCCGUAGUGUUGUAUAUAUAUGUACUGUGUUGUCUGGAAGAGAUGAAAGAAGGCAAAUACGAAGAGAUUUGGAUCGUUUAGACGUUGCAGACACCAAUAUUUACACAAACACUCAUGUACAAAAGUAUUUAAAUAGACAUCAUCAGCUUGGUAGCUUAACAAUGCCAGAAUAUUUUACUUUAUACAAGACUGCAAAAGAGCAUGAUACAUCUGAUGAACUCAAUGUAGAUGCAUGCACAGAUGCAUUUGGUAUUCGAUAUGAAGCCCGUAGUCAAUCGAGAAAGUUACCAUUUUGGAGAACUCAUGAAUAUAGUCAAAGUGAUCAAGAAGCAUUCUUUUAUCAAAGAUUACUUUUUUAUAAACCAAUUCCAAAUGAAGAUAUGUUGGAUAUAUUAAAGCAAAAUAACAAUGAUAGUUGGAGAGAUGUAUUUUUUGACAUCUGUGAAGACAAUGAUUUCCAAAUAACUGAGCAAGAAUUGGAAAAAAUCAAAAGAAUUGAUCAUAGUAUGAUGAUGAAUCGCGCAACAAGCAAUUUUGGAGAUAAUAGAAAUGAAGAAGAAUAUAUAGAAUUAUUAGAAAGAAUGUUGGAGAUGGCUAAUGUUGAUCAGAGGUCUAUCUAUGAAUUAAUAAGUAACAGUCUUGGAAUAGAUGUUGUUUAUGGUGCAGCAGGAACAGGAAAAAGUUUUUUGUUACGUUUACUUUAUUAUAGAUUCAGAACAAUGGGAUAUAACCCAGUUGUAUUAGCACCUACAGGUAUAGCAGCAUGUACAGCAGGAGGUCAAACGAUUGACCGAUUCUUUGGUUCAACUAUGCAUUAUGAUGGAUAUAAUCCUGUUCGCAUAGAAGACUAUAUGAAAUCGCAUUUAAAGUGA